AGUAAAUUGGAGCAACAAAAAACUUACUCAAAGAAAUAUCAAUGGUAAUUUUACCGAGCAUGCCAGCUGUUGGGACUGUCCCUUCAUCACCUAAAGCAGAUCGGUCAUGGGCUCUUUCAGCUCUUCACAUGGCUUCUUCACAUGUUGCACAAGCGAAUCCCAUGGUACUGACGCUUGAUAUGACCAAAGAACGAAUUCGAAGGCUAUUUAACAACGUGGACCUUUCUGUAUCUCCAUAUGACACAGCGUGGGUGGCCAUGGUCCCUUCUCCAGACUAUCCUAAAUCUCCUCGGUUCCCCAAGUGUCUGAACUGGUUGAUGGAAAAUCAGCUUGAAGAUGGUUCAUGGGGCCUUUUACAACAUAAUCAACCGUUACCCAAAGAUUCUCUAUCUUCAACAUUAGCAUGUAUUGUUGCACUAAAACGAUGGAAUGUCGGGGAAGACCAAAUUAACAAGGCUUUACAGUUUAUUGACUCAAAUUUUGCUUCUGCGACUGACAAUAGUCAACUAUCUCCAAUUGGUUUUGAAAUCAUAUUUCCUGGCAUGCUCAAGUAUGCGAAAUACUUGAACAUAGACCUUCCGCUAAAAGAAACAGAUUUGAGUUUGUUGCUACAUGAGAGAGCAUCGGAGCUACAAAGAUGUGGUUCAAAAGAGAAAGAAGCAUACUUGGCAUAUAUAGCAGAAGGACUUGAAGAUAUCCAUGACUGGAACACAGUGAUGAAAUAUCAGAUGAAGAAUGGUUCUAUUUUCAACUCACCUUCCGCAACAGCAGCUGUUCUUAUUCAUCAUCAUAACAAUGGUUGUCUUAGUUAUCUAACUUCACUCUUGAACAAGUUUGGCAAUGCAGUGCCAACUAUUUACCCCGUUGACUUAUAUUUGCGACUUUCCAUGGUCGAUACACUUCAAAAAUUGGGAAUUGCACACCAUUUCACGGUCGAAAUUCAAAAUGUUUUAGAUGAAACUUACAGAUGUUGGGUGCAGAAGGACGAGCAGAUAUUCACGGACGUUGUCACUUGUGCUCUAGCUUUCCGGGUAUUAAGGAUCAACGGGUAUGAAGUCUCCUCAGACCUGUUGACAGAAACUACCAAAGAAGGCGCUUACAUGAAUGCACAUGAAGAGCCUUUCAAAGACAUAUAUUCAGCUCUUGAAGUGCAUCGGACAUCACAAAUUAUGUAUCAAGAGGAACUAACUUUGGGAGAUAAAGUUUUGAGGUCGUCUGAUUUCCUAAUGCAGAGAUUAUCCGCUGAAACUGUCCCUUCAAACAUUCACAAAGAGGUGGAAGAUGCUCUCAAGUUUCCCUUCAAUGGCUGUUUAGAACGCAUAUCCGCUAGAAGAAAUAUAGAACAUUACAACAUAGAUAAUACAAGAAUAUUGAAAACUACAUAUAGUUUAUCAAACACUAGUAACCAGGAUUAUCUGAGCUUGGCAGUGGAAGAUUUUAAUGCAUGUCAGUCUAUUUAUCGUAGAGAAGUGGAAGGUCUUGAAAGGUGGGUGGUCGAUAAUAGAUUGAACCAACUCAAGUUUGCUAGACAGAAGACAGCCUACUGUUACUUCUCUGUUGCUGCAACACUCUCAUCUCCUGAACUAUCAGAUGCCCGUAUUUCGUGGGCCAAAAAUGCCAUUCUUACUACAGUGGUUGAUGACUUUUUUGAUGUUGGAGGUUCUAUGGAUGAAUUGGUUAACCUGAUUCAGUGUGUUGAAAAAUGGAAUGUGAACGUUGAAACAGAUUGCUGUUCAGAGACAGUUCGCAUUGUAUUUUUUGCACUAAAAGAUGCAAUUUGUUGGAUUGGAGACGCAGCUUUUAAAUGGCAAGGUCGUGACAUAACAAGCCAUGUAAUUCAAAUUUGGUUGGAUCUGAUGAAGAGUAUGUUAAGAGAAGCUAUAUGGACGAAAGAUGCUUAUGUUCCAACAAUAAACGAGUAUAUGGAAAAUGCUUAUGUAUCAUUUGCAUUAGGCCCAAUUGUACUCCCGGCUCUUUACUUUAUCGGGCCAAUAUUGUCAGAGGAGAUCGUUCAAAGCUCUGAAUACCAUUAUCUAUUUGAGCUAAUGAGCACCCAGGGUCGGCUUUUGAAUGAUAUUCAAAGCUUCAAGAGAGAAUUUGAAGAAGGCAAAUUCAAUGCUGUGACAUUGCACAUGAGCCAUGAGAAGAGUGGGGUUGCGCAAGAAGAGGUUGUAGAGGAGAUGAAGACAUUGGUCAAAACUAAAAGGAGAGAAAUGAUAAAAUUAGUUCUAGAGGCCAAGGGAAGCAUUGUCCCUAGAGCUUGCAAAGAUGCAUUUUGGAAUAUGUGCAACGUAGUGAAUCUAUUCUAUGCAACAGAUGACGGGUUCACUGGAAAUGCCAUCCAUGAUAUCGUGAAGCAAGUCAUCUAUGAACCCAUAUCUCACCCGUUGAUGUUUUUGAAUGGCAGAAAAGAACACUUAUAAUAUCCUUAACCAUGUGUGAGGUUGCAGAUAAUUAACCAAAUAACACACCCCCAACUGAAGGUUAAGCCGUUUUGGUGGUCUAAGGAUAAAUGGUGUCAAUUAGCGAGUCACUUUUUUCUCUCCAGUUUUUUGACUAGGUAGUGUAGUCGUGUGUGUAUAAGCCUAUUAGGUUAGAAAGUUACUCCUGGCUUCAUACUAUCAGAGAAUGUGUUGUGUGGAAUCAAAGAAAAUAGUCUCGUGUUUUCAAAGAGCACACUUGGUUUUAACUAUUGAUAUAUAUCUGAAUGAGCUGCUUAUGUGCAUAAUA